UACGUUGACGGACAAAUUUCAUGGUGGCAACUUCCACUGUGGCGUCUCGAAUGCCGAGUAUCUUGACAAAAAUGAGUCGCCCCAAUGUAACUGGGAGGUUAUGAACAUUCAAUACUCCUUAUUGCGGGUUUUUUUGAAAAAGCUCCGCUUACCGGACCAUAUAUUGCUGACAAUGCUCUCUACUCUAUUCAAAAGCCAUAGGAUUCGAUUAUAGAGGGAAAGCGAAAAACGCGACAUAAUCAUGUACAAGAUAAACGCGGUGUGAGAAUCUAUAAUAAUAGAUUGCAAAAAAUCUUGCCGCCCGGCAAAUUUCUCUUUCAAGAACCAAACCACCAUGACGACUUCAGCAAUUCCGCCAGCAACAUCUAUUGACCUCGAACCAGCCCCAAUAUCCGCUCUCAUGCAAUAUACUCCUGUCAUAGCGUCCAACAUCGUUAAAAUAACCAGCUCGUCUUUCCACUUAACCUCAUGGCUCAUACGAAGCUCCUUUUCCUACCCCAAGAGGAUUAUUCUCUCACCACUCUCCGUCCUCUUGUCGGUUUUUCUGUAUCUCCUUGCUCCUGUGAUCGUAUUUGUCCAAGUGCUUCUCGACGUUUUAGUGCUCAUGCCAUAUAAUUCGGUGAUCUAUUUAGUGGACGCGAUAUACCCGUUGUAUGUGUUCUGUGGUGUCGCGUGCAUUACUGGAGUUAUAGUCGGCGUGCUGGCAAGGCAGCUUGUAUUCUGGCUCACAGAACUAGGCAAGCUUGAUGAGGUUCCAGAACAACCGAUAGAGCUAGUCGCCGAAAAUGUGAAGUGGGAAGAAGUUUGAGCUGGGCGAACCCUACUUUGGUACGGUCUCAUCUAUCUGUUAAUGUAAUAUCAGUACGCUAAAAUAAGGACUGGGAUUUUCAAUU